UGAACUGAACUAGAACUAGCAGACGUUAACGUUAGCUGGGAUGAGUAACGUUCUUCUAAUCCCAGAGGGGCUCAAGGAGAUAUUGCAGGGUUUCACUAUUGAAGUGAUCCGAAAUCAGCCACGGGAUAUAUGCGACUUUGCCCUGCAGUACUUUGCAGAGCUUAAGAACAAAGAAAGUAACGUGAAGGGGCCAAAGGUGAAGUUCAACUACCAAGCUAUGCAGAACGGCUCUGAGGAUGAGGAUGAGGAGUUUGUUGCUCCAGUCAUCAACAGGUUUGCAAGACGAGUGUCAGUGUCUGCUGAGUCAUACGACCCUGACAAUGAAGAAGAGAACAGGGAGCCAAUGGUCAUUCAUCCAAAAACUGAUGAACAGAGGCAUAGACUGCUAGAGGCCUGCAAAGACAUUGUUCUUUUUAAAAGUUUGGAGCAGGAUGAGCUUUCUAGGGUCCUGGAUGCCAUGUUUGAAAGACCUGUGGCUGCAGGGGAGCACAUUAUUGAGCAGCAUGAAGAUGGGGAUAAUUUCUAUGUGAUUCAAAGUGGGGUUUAUGAUGCCCAUGUGAUGGAUAACGGGAUAUCACGCCUGGUUGGCACCUACGACAAUCACGGGAGCUUCGGGGAGCUUGCGCUGAUGUACAACACGCCGCGUGCCACCACCAUUACUGCCAGAACUCUUGGAGCCCUGUGGUGCUUGGACAGGCAAACCUUCAGGCGGAUCAUUGUGAAAAACAAUGCUAAGAAGAGGAAGAUGUACGAUGAUUUCAUUCAGACAGUCCCUGUGCUGUCAUCCUUGGAGACAUAUGAGCGAAUGAAAGUGGUGGAUGUGCUUGUCCCACGACAGUACACAGAUGGGCAGAAGAUCAUUGCUGAAGGUGAGAGUGCAGACGACUUCUACAUAGUUGAGUCUGGACAGGUCAGGAUCACAAUCAGGAGACCGUCACAGCAAGGGGGUGAGACGGACGAGGUGGAGAUAGCCACAUGUACGCGAGGGCAGUACUUUGGAGAGCUGGCUCUGGUCACCAACAAACCCCGAGCGGCCUCAGCAUUCGCCGUAGGGAACGUCAAGUGUUUAGUGAUGGAUGUGAUGGCCUUUGAGAGGCUGCUGGGUCCGUGCAUGGAGAUCAUGAAGAGGAACAUCAGUAACUACGAGGCCCAGCUAGCCAGCCUUCUGGAGAGCAGUGUCAGUGUCACCAACACCUCCUCCGACAUCGCCGUCACUGCGGAACCUGGAAGUGAAAAUUGAAGCAGGAGCAGAGGCCAAGUGCUUGAGAUCGCUGUGACCUUUAGUCUUGUCGAAAAAGCAGAAGCCUCUGACAUCCAUCAGAAGACUGUUGGCCUCUUUCCUGUUCUGGAUGAAUGAUUUUAGAAUAGGCAAGGAUUUCUUUGCGGUUUGAAUACUAUUUGAGACUAGUUGUUAACAAAUACUUAAAAACAUCUCUGGAUGCAGCUGCAUGAGCAGUGUUGCGUCUUAAAUGAUAAACCUGCUCAGUGUGCCUUCGUUUACUUUAGCAAUAUUAUUCAAGUGAAUGAUAAGAAGAGUAGCUGAUUUUCAUCUCAUUAAGCUUGUUGUGCAUGUUUAUUAUCAGUCAGAAUGGAACAUCUUUUUUAAAAUGCUUGACUUUACUGCAUAUGUUAAUGUUAUUUAACAGGUUGUUUAUUGUUUAUUUGUUUUAUUUCCUUCAUAUAAUUCGGAGGGCAUGUUUUAUAGUGUAAAUGUCAUAUAAAAACAAUGCUGAAUCGACCACUUCAGAUUUGAGAUGAAUAUAUACACAUGUUAAAAGCACAGAGCUUAAUGCAAUAAGAUAACACUAGGAUACAUAAUAACUAAGCAAUAGUUUUACUAUUUAUUCUCAGUGACUUUAGAAUUCAUCAACUGUUUUAGAGGUGUGAACUGGCUUACAGAAUAAUUUACAGAAGGUAUAAUGUGCUAUUGCACAAAUGUUCCUCAGAUACUUAAAGUAUUGUAUAAUACUGUCUGUAUAUUUCCUCAAUAAUAACAUUUUGGUUCAAA